UAAGAUCAAUAGAAGGACAGGAGAAUACAACGGCUAGUAGAGCGAUUAGAAGUAGAUAUUGCAGCAGCUAGGAGGCGGACUCCCAGUUCAAGAGGUUGCUAGCUACGGAUUCACCCAGCAAAGGGCCUACAGGAAAUAGCUAUUUUCAACGUCAGCGACUUAUCGUAGUUCGUAAAUUCAAGCUCAAUGUUGACAUACAAUCCCGAUCAUUCCACCAAAAUGCACCUCACGUACUUUGCUCACCGUGGCCGAGGUGAUGUAUAUGAGUUACUGUGCACAGUGGGUCGUCAACCUGUCGAUCUGAUAGUCACACGUGUUAACUGGAACCAUUUUCUUACCAUGCGUGAAAGCGGGCUACAUGGGUUCCGAUUGCCCUAUCAGCAGUUACCGGUCUUGCUGAUCACCAACACGGCUGGGAAAGACCGGAUUGUAGCGCAGACUAACAGUAUCAUAACGUAUACAGCGAAGAUUGUAGGAGAGUAUCCGAGCGACGAAAUACACGCCGCAGUAGCUGAAAGUGUUAUCAAUCGCUUAAGCGACCUCUCGUCUAUAGGCUGGUAUCAGUGCAAGACAGACAAGGAGCGUGCCCAAUUCCUAUCCACCCUAGUGAGCACGCGCUUGCCCCCUAUUUUGACAGAUCUCGAGAGUAUGAUCGCAACCAACACAAGUGAUAGCCAGGAAGCUACUCUUAAUCUCGAUUCCAUUUGGAUUGUAGGCGAGACUAGGACGUUUGCAGACCUGGCUAUAUUUGCUGCAUUGCACGAGCUGUGGUCUAUGGGUGCCGCUAUCACGAGCUGUGGUCUAUAGGUUACGC